AUGACCACGAUGUCAAAAUCUGACAUCUAUAAUCAGCGUACCAGCUAUGACCAUGGCCCCUACAAGACAUACGACAGAUCGUCCAUCAAAUCCAGGAUAUCGCAAGACUCGAUGUCCACUAUAUCGACAAGUCCGGUCGCCGACAAGCAAAAAGAUGCAGAUCAAACUCCAAGUUCUUCACGUCCUCUCCUUUACAUGCCCAACUCUCUUUGGACGCGAAUGUUCGCUACGACUCUCAUCACCGAAAUGUGCCUCACAGUCGCGAUUGAAACUUGGGUUCUAAUGAGUCUUUGGGCUCACCUUGGCGACGGCACCAAUAAGAAUGCAAAAUCCCGCCUGCAGUCUUUUCUGGGCCUUUAUGUAUUUGCGCUUCUUUACGAGCUAGCUUUAUCAUAUGAUGCGCUACGCCGAAAAAAUACAAUCCAACUCAUCGGACUUUGUUUCUGUAAUGUGGGCUUGACAGCAUACGGGAUUCUCCAACUAAAGGAGAUCGAACCGACUCUCCAAAACAUGAUGGCAGAAGGGUUAAUCGUCACUCGAUUGUUGCACUUGUACCGAGUGGUCCUUAUCCUCGUGCCAAUCAUUCUAGGCGUUGGUACUCUUUGCAUGACAUUUCUUACUUGGAAGUUGCGCGCCGAGUUCUCGUGGUCCAUUUAUAAAAACAUCAGCGCCGAUCUACGAAUGAAACGCCGAUACUUCACAUAUCAGGUAUACAUCGCAUUGCUAAAGUUCAAUUUUUUCUUUGUAUUCGGCACUCAACUUCAAUUUCUUCUCAUUGUCACCAAAUUCGAAAGCCCGGAUUUCAUCCUUAAUUCUGCUUGGGUUCCAAUCGCCAUAGCAAACUUGGUUUUAUCAGCAUAUUACUGCAAAAGGGAGAGAAAAAAGCCUCUCAUUUUCAUGAUGGUUCUGAUGCUAUUCACAACCGCGUUUCUGGUUCUGACUAUAGUCCGAAUCCAAAACGACUACACCUCUACCAGGGUGUCCGUGACACUUUUCGCUGUCAUAUCCUUGCUUUUGAUGAUUGCUACACUCAUCAAUUCCGUACUGUGCAUUCUCAAUUUUGAUCAAGGAUUGAAAAAUCACGUCAAUCCGCCCGAAAAAGACUCUGCCGAUCGGGAGCUUCAGAAGAUGGAGACUCCUACACGAUUUUUGCUGGGUUAA